ACACACGUGCCCCACAUGCCUGAUCUCUAUAACUAAAUCCCAGCAGUGUGUGUGUGUGUGUGUAUUUGGUGUGCUGCAGCGUGACGUGACACAUCUAAUUCGAUCGCGUUUUGCAAACAAAAACAAUGGCGAAAGUGCGACUGAGUGCGGGAGAAAAAACAUUCAUUGUUCAUAGUGUACAGGAUGGCUUACGGACUGAUGGACGUUUUAAUGAAUCGUUUCGGCCUAUGGAACUGGAGUGUGGUGUUGUCUCCAACACUAGUGGAUCUUCUCGGCUCCGUUUGUCAAACACAGAAAUCCUUGUGGGUGUUAAAGCUGAAAUGGGAAAGCCUAAACCAACAAGACUUGAUGAAGGCUUCCUAGAAUUCUUCAUUGACUUGUCUGCAAAUGCAUCUCCUGAGUUUGAGGGUCGAGGAGGUGAAGAACUGGCAACUGAAAUUGCUUAUACACUAUCAACAUCCUAUGACUUGAAGAGUGUAUUGGACUAUAGAACACUCUGUGUUUUGCCAAGACAGUGCUGCUGGGUGCUUUAUGUCGAUGUAGUUGUUUUAGAGUGCGGAGGAGAUUUGUUUGAUGCAAUUGGAAUCGCUGUCAAGGCAGCAUUGUACAAUACAAGGAUUCCCAAGGUGCGAGUUGAAGAUGAUGGAGAGGGUCAAGAGGAGAUUGAAGUGUCAGAUGAUCCUCAUGAUGUAGUCUUAUUAGACACUUCUUGUAUGCCUCUAUUGGUAACAGUAAGUAAGGUUGGUCAGCGACAUAUUGUAGAUGCCACAUUGGAAGAGGAAGCUUGCUGCUUAGCUUGCAUUGUAAUGGCCAUUACACCAACUGGGGCCCUCGUUGGCAUGGAGAAGAAAGGAGUGAGCAGCCUUACAAUUGACAGCAUACAGGCAAUGAUAGCUACUGGCAAGAAAGUUGGAGUAAAUUUGAACAACGAGCUGUCCUCGCUACUUAAAGAGAUUGGACAAAACUCAUCAAGUGAUGGCUUUCUGUCCUGAUGUUUGCAUUCAACAACUGCAAAUAAUUGAUGUUUCCAAGUACUACUCCUGGACUGGGUGUAAUAUUGUUGACAUAAUGCUUUGUUUGAUAUAUUGAACAUCAGUCUUAAGGUUCAUGCAACGAAUGCCUGGACAACCCAAGAGAUGAGUUGGCUGCAUUUCAUAAUCACGAGGGGUAUCAUUCAAACACACUUAUUCAUAAGUAUCUUGAUUUUUUGUUUACAAUCUGAUCCUUAAAAACGCAAUAUCAAGACAUACUUCCACAACUAGCAGCAAACUGGUCACUGAAGCCAGCAUAUAACAUCUGGUUUUAUACAGACGAUGAAGUCUUCCAUUUAAAGCCAUUGGACACGCACGGUAAACAGUAUUGUCCAAAGGCCCACACUUUGUGUGUCACAAC